GAGAAGAUGUUGGAUGUUGUGAGUGUAAUGGGAAUGUUACGCUUACCCAAUUCUUUCCCCGCAUUAACAAUCUCCAGUAUUCAUCUCUUCUAUCACUAUGAGUGAACGCCAACCCUCCGAUCACAAGACCUCAUACAUUUUUGUUUUUAUUUUUUGUUGUUUUUGGGUUUUUUUUCGAAAUGCAGCAUGAUGACUGCAAAUUGUACUGCUUUCUGAACUCUCAGCGUCCAGAUUCCUUUUUUACGGUGGGAGUGUCAUUCUUCAAACUUCUGUUCUAGAAGGUCACGUGCAGAUGCGCGUACUCGAAGCAAUUGCCAGUUGGUUUAUUUAACCCAAACUCGUGGCCAUGGGAUGACACGCACGUACAGUACACAACCAACGUGCGUAUCCAGCAAUAAAUUUUCUCAUCGCUUUUGUUUUGAGAGAGGCCACUUCCUUGUUACAUCGGAGACCAUGGUUAGGUCCCAAGACAACCAAGGACCUGACAUUUGAGCCGCUACAUGUGUAGCGCAGUCUCGAAGCAUAUUCUAUGGGAAACCCCUCUCCAGGACCGGCGGUUCAAUCGACAAUGUCCCUCUCAAAAGGGACGCACCGGCGAACACAUUCUGUAGGCGACAAAUCGAACAGUAUUGGGAAACUUUUUCCUGGCACACCGAGUCCUAUAACCUUCGACGAGAAAUCGAAUCCUGCCUUCCUUGGUGGAAAGAAGAUGAGGACACGAUCAUCAUGCGGAAGUAGCGAAGUUUUUACUGAGGACCUGGAGCUUUAUGGAGCAUCUUUGCUGACAGCUGUGGCAGUAAAAACGCCGCUCAGCUCCACUUCAAUCGGAGGUCACAAAUGGGUGAAAUCUGGUAGCGUGACGCCCGAAGCAGCAGGACCCCCAAAGACUAAGGAAAUAUGCACGCCAUCUAGCAGGUCGGAGUCUAACCAAGCAGUUGGGAGGAUUGCAAUCUCUUUAUUCCGUUCUCCAAGAAAGCUUGAGCGGUCCGUGUCAUUGUCAAGGGUGCCUCAUAGAAUCAUGUCUGACGCAGAUAUAGUUCUACGUUACCGUGACGAGGUAGAUGAGUUAGAGCGAGAAGAUUUUCGAAGGAGUGUGGACAGCAGGCUUCAAGCAUUGGUGGGAAGUGACUGCCACUUCGGUAGAAAAUCCUGCUCUGUUCUUCUGGACAAGAAAAUGGAAAGUAGUGAUUCAUAUGAAGAAUCUUGCGAUUCAGUGCCGAUUAUUCCCGUUGGAAACCCUUCACUUGGUUCAAUGGUGUCCUCUGUAGCUUCGAGGCCAGAAGACGAACAUUUGUGUGUGGAUGCAGCUCACUUCCCAGUCAUAACCAUUUAUCCUGUGGAUUUGGAAACAGCCAAUCUACUGCAUGCUGAUCAGGUGACGGUUAGAUCGCUUGACAUGGAAUUUAAUCCAAAGGGGGUUUCUCGAAUGUCCUCGUUUUCUAAUGGUACUUCAACGCAUCUGCCUGCCUUGUCCAAAUCUGACCUCAUGGGACUAGACGCUGCUUGCGAUGAGCUAUUGCUUUUAGAGCUGCAGAAUAGAAGCAUGUCAAGCACACUGGUCGAAAUCCCGGACCCGAUUAUCAAUCAUGUGAAAGAUAAAGAGGUAACAUUAACACUGACUUCUCUAACAAAAGACUCAGUUGGUACUCAGGGAAAUGAAGCUAAUCAGAAUAACCGGGCUAUUUCGUCUUCUAACGAGGGUACUGGAACAUUGCUUACCGAGGCAGUGUUCCUAUCUAGUCGCUUGGGUGACACUAAGUUCAUGUUAGAGAAACCUAAAUCAAUCGUUACAGAUGAGCAUCAGAGUAAGGAUGUGGAAGAGAUCCUACUCAGAAGGGAGAAGGAGGUUACGUUGAGCAUUACCUUCAAUGAUCCUGAUUCAUGUCGAAGAAAGAGUACUGGCUCUGCCCCUGGACGUAGAGAUAAAGCGCGAACUCUAGCUGAAAAAAGAAAAAACCUUCUUAAAAGAAGGCGAAGUGUUUCUGCAUCAGACCUUGGUGCUCUUCUCGUCAAGGUUGUAUGCUUGACAGAGUCGGAACCUCCGGAGAAAAGAGCUUUCACUGCACCAGAGCCCGAGUUGUCUCGGAUUGACUUUUCCCAGAGCAUAGACCAACUUCAGCGACUGUCUAUAUGUCCACGUCAAGGUGCUCAGGCCGAGAUCACCGAGAAAAACAUCGACACAGAGGCUGUAGACAUGGACGUUGAAUAUGAGGAUUGUAGCACCGAGCUGACAGCUUCAGAUACAGAUUCUUAUACCGAUAAUGUAAAUGUGAGAAGUUCCUCCGGUGACAAAGUGGUGAAACAGCCCUCUGAAGAGAAGUUGCAGGUUGUGGAUUGUGGGUCGAUUAACUCAUACAAUGAACAUGACAAGCAAGAAGUUACAUUAGAGGCGACAGUGAUUUGUGAUCCUUAUUCUGAAAAUGAAAAUGGUCCUGAGUUAAUCACACCAGAUAAUCUCAAGGAGUUGGAGGUACAGUCGGAAAGGUUUUUGGAUGCUAGGGAUCUUAGCCUAGACCACACUUCAUCGCACCGGACUGAAACAAGUUGCGGCAGUGAACAAGAAUGGGAUGAGGCUUGCUCAAAAGAGAUGGUUAACAACCAGGAAACCUUGACUGAGAAUGCUAGUUUGGAUGCUCACGGAGUACUCAACGUAGAGAGAUUUGGUGACAGCCAUAGGAUAUCAAAAUUAAGCAGCCAUGGGUCGACCUCGCAUGAUUUGGACUCGUCCACAGGAUUGCAAGCAAUAAGAUCAGGUGACACUCUUGAAGUAAAGACUGAAACAGAGCACAUCAUAAAGCGUCCUCUAUUCUUGUUGGACGAGAAUGAGAAUAUGAUAACAAGAGAAAGAGCUCAAAGCUUUGCUUCCAAGCUACAAGUCUUGCCUAGACAAUCUCUAGACGAUUAUCGCUCGCCUCCAUCUGCCAUAUCUAUCUUAGCCAACCCCUCUUUCUCAAGCUCCCAUCAAGACAGGCUUUGGGAGGAGCAAGCAGAAGCUUAUUCCAGUGGAGGACACGGCACUCCCAGCCAGGAAUACGACGCGCGAGCAAUUUCAAAUGAUUUUGACGUCCACUCCCUUUCACUGGGCGGUACCUGCAACUCAGACGAUCAAAUCCACUCAUGCGCGACAUCGCUACGCAAGGAUAAAGAGAGAGACUAUAGUUCAGGAAGUGCAGCGUCUGGUUUCAUGAGCGACAGUGCUCUCAUCAGCAACGGCAGAAGACGAUUAGGGCUUGGGAAGAGCAAAGUAAGGCCUCGAACGCCACUGCGAGCCUUGAUGGCGCAGGAAUUGGACAGCAAGGCGGGUUCCACUUCAGGCCAUCGACUGCCAGAGAGGGGCCAUCAUUUCCUACACCACCUCAUGUCCCGCAUCAGGGGAAGCAGGAACUCAUCUAAACUGCCAAGCCUCAGAAGCUCCAACGCGGUGCCUAAGAGACGCAGCACCAUCUGGAGCAGCUGCAUCUGCUUCUCACGCACCCAAGUUGUGUAACCCACCCC